AUAAAAUUUAGCACACGAGGGUUUACAACACAGUCCACAUUUAUUCAAAAAUUAGAAAUCACAUUCUUCCAAUCCAUUUUCUUAAACGAAUUUAUCAAUUUCAUUUAAAACAUUCUUUCAAUCCAUUUUCUAUCGGGUUUCGCGUGGGCUUCUCCUCGUAUUAGCGAGUCUACCUUAUCCAAUUAUUUAUUGUUGUUGUUGUUGUUCCGAGUUUUUACAAAAUCUUCUGCGCAAAAUCUGUUCAAAAAUCAAAAAAAAAAAAAAAAAAAAAAAAAAAAAAAAUUUGUGGCGGUGGAAAAAUGAUGUGGGACGAGUGGUACGAUUUGGAACGGGCUGAAGACGAAGAAGAAUCAAACAAAGAUUCUCCUCCUCCUCCUCAUGUAAACUUCGAUUUCUUCGAUGUUUUAUCCAAACCCAGGGAUUAUUAUAAAAUAUUAGAGGUUGAUUACGAUGCCUCCGAUGAAUCUAUUCGUUCCAAUUAUAUCCGUCUUGCUUUGAAAUGGCAUCCUGAUAAACAGAAGGAUGAAGACGCCGCCACUUCAAAAUUUCAAGAUAUCAAUGAAGCUUAUCAGGUGUUGAGCGAUCCUGCAAAACGGCACGAAUACGACAAGAAAGGGAUGCUUUAUUCGUACGACAGCAACAUAACGGAGUAUCUGGAUCGCUACAAAAGCCUUAUUCUAACAUGCAAUGGUCUUGGCAUGAAAUGUUCGAUAUGGUGAAACUGACCGACCUAGGUAGCCGAUAAUAGAUUUACGCGGUCAUUUUUUGUGGACUGCAAGCCGUAAUAUGUAGCAUCGAAAUUAUGCCAUUUGUAAAGGGGUGGAUGCUAAUUAAGAAGGAUUAUUAUUAUUAAUUUUUUUUUAAUGUUUUGUUGUACAUUGUGAAACAUGUGAUCAUUAAGAUGAUAUGGGGGGAUUUUAAUUAACAUGUGUUGGAGAAAAUAAAUUUUAUUGAGAAAUAAAAUUUAUUUUAAAUAAGUU